AGGAGUUCAGAUACGGUCCUAGAAGUAGGACCAGGAACCGGAAACAUGACCGUCAAAUUGCUCGACAUAGCGAAGAAAGUCGUGGCGUGUGAGGUGGACCCACGUAUGGUGGCUGAGUUAACUAAACGUAUCCAAGGAACUCCCCAGUACAGCAAGCUUAGUAUUCGCGUGGGUGAUAUCCUAAAGUCCGAGAUGCCGUACUUCGAUGUAUGCGUGGCUAAUGUGCCGUACCAGAUCUCAUCGCCGUUGGUGUUUAAGUUGCUGCUGCACCGCCCGUUCUUUCGGUGUGCAGUGCUGAUGUUUCAGUUGGAGUUCGCCCAGCGCUUAGUGGCUAAGCCUGGCGAUCCCCUGUACUGCCGAUUAUCAGUUAACACGCAGUUACUAUCCAAGGUCGAGCACGUGAUGAAAGUGGGCAAGAACAACUUCAAGCCACCGCCAAAGGUCGAGUCUGCGGUGGUGCGCAUUGAGCCAUACAACCCGCCACCCCCAAUUAAUUUCCAGGAAUGGGACGGUCUUCUACGUAUCUGCUUUGUCAGGAAAAACAAAACGCUUGGUGCGUCCUUCAGGAGCAAGGCCGUGCUCGAACUACUCAGCAAGAACUACAAGACAUACUGCGCUCUCAAUAACAUGAUGGACGAAUCCGAUGAGGAGUCAAUCAAGGACAAAGUGAUCAAAUUAUUAACUGAUAGUGACUUUGUGGAAAAGCGAUCCAGGACACUCGAUAUAGAUGAUUUCCUGAAACUGCUGAAAUUAUUCAACGAUAACAACAUCCAUUUCAGUUAGUAUGUAACAACGAACUACCUAAAUAUAGAAAUAAAGAACAUUUAUC